AUGGCUUUCGCAGACUUCCCUGAGCUGCCUGCGCCCCAGGCGGACCUGGUCAACUACAUUGCCCAGAAUCCGGCCAAGCCCAUGGUCGAGAUCAUGGAGCCCUACCGCAGAUACGAAGCCCACCUGCGCUCGGUGUUUGCCCAGGACAGGGAGAACCCCAUCCUCAAGGAUCCUUACCUCAAUGUCGUUCCUCUGUUUACUGAUGCUACCAAGAGCAUCACCACUCGUGCUCGAGAUCUGGCGUCUGAAUCGGAGGAAGAGAAGUCCAAGUACAUCAUGGUGUUGCCGGACGACAAGCGCCGCCCACAUGGAUCACCAGCAACUGUUGCCAAUCUGGCCGAGUUUCAGAAGAACUUUGGCAUCUUUUCGGAGUCUUCUCUUGCCGAGCUCGACUGGAACAAUGUCGUGGCAGCCGGCUCCUCCGUUGUCAACACGUUGCUGCCAGUUCCAAAUGAGUUCAAAGCGAACAAGAGAAAGCUCCGCGAAUAUUAUCACGAGAAGUUUUGCCCUGCGUCCGAUGUCGACCUCUUCUUGUAUGGUCUCACCCAUGACGAGGCCAUCGAAAAGAUUAAGCAGAUCGAGCAGUCGAUUCGGGACUCGAUCCUGAGCGAAGUCACAGUCGUUCGCACCAAAUAUGCCAUCACUAUUGCUAGUCAAUAUCCCGUUCGGCAUGUGCAGGUCGUUCUCCGUGUGUACAAGUCAGUCAGCGAGAUUCUGACUGGAUUCGACAUUGAUGCCGCUGGAGCCGCCUACGACGGUAAGCAGGUUUACGUGGCUCCCAGGACCCUCGGCAGCAUCAUCACGCAGAUCAACCACAUAGAUCUUUCCAGACGCAGUCCGUCUUAUGAGAACCGCUUGUCCAAAUACUCUCAUCGAAAUUUCGAGGUUUACUGGCCUGAGCUCGACAGAUCCCGCGUUGACCCAACAAUUUUCGAGAGGAGCUUUCAACGAACCUUGGGACUUGCCCGUCUAUUGGUCUUGGAACGACUGCCAACCACGCAUGCUCGCGAUGCCUACCUCAACAAAAGGCGUCAGGAGCGUGGCCGGCCGGCGGUGCAGCGCAACCACUUCAGCCUCAGAGGAAACCUCAAGUCCUACCACGAAGAUGAGGUUGCCGAUUGGCUCUCAGAGGAAGACGUCAGCAACUAUCACACCUUCACUGUUCCGUAUGGCGAGAAAUUCAACGCGAAGCGGAUUGAGAAGCUCUGCUACACCCGAGACCUGCUGCUCAACGCCGAGUGGAACCAGCCAAAGGAGCGCGAAGUCUAUCUGCAUCGCCACCCUGCAUUCUUUGGCAGGGUGGAGGAUGUGAUCGAAGACUGCUGCGGGUCUUGCCCCAAGCCAGUGACCCCGGAAGAGAUUGAGGUUGCCGAGAAAGAGGCUGAGAUAUACAUCUCCGGCAAGGUCACGUUUCUCAUUGACGACCCUGGCAGGCAGCAGAUCGGAUCGUUCAAUCCUUUGACGGAGCAAGACUGGACCGACAUGGCUUAUGUCGGCAACACGGCUAGACUGUUUCAGUCUAUUGUCGAUGAUGAUGUUGACGAUGUCCUGAAUUGGCUCUCUCAAGAAGGCGCAGACCCGAAUCAGAGGGAUUACACCGGACGAGCACCGCUUCAUCUCGCCGCCAUGGUUUCCUCUCCAGGAGUUGUUCGGUGCCUCGUCGACCACGGCGCUCGCCUAACCGCUCGUCUUGCGGACGGUCGAACGGCUCUUCAUCUCGCCGCCGCCAGAGGCCAUGCCGAGAUCAUCAAGAUUCUGAUGGACAAGAGUGAUGAGAAUGAAGAAGCUGAAGAGGACAGGAAGGACAGGCGACGCAAGGCUGCUAGGGCCCAAGGGAGUGACAACAACGAAGACACUGAAAAGUCACCCGAGGGAGCCGAGGAUGCAGAGGAUUCAGACAUUGAGAUUGUGGACAACGCCGAAACCGAGACAGACGCAGUCUCAAUCGUUACUGGGUCGUUCGUCAAGGUAGAGAAGGGCAAGGAAAACACAGGCACGGAGGAGCCCACACUCGACGAGCCAGAGGAAGGACCAGACUUCUACCAGAUCAACGUACUCGCCUGGGAUGUACCAUGCUCUCCUCUCCAUCUCGCUAUUACAGGAGGGCACGAAGAGGCUGUCAAGACCCUUUGCGAUUAUGGAGCCGAUUCGAUCCUUCCCGUCAAAUUCCUGAAUGUCCCUCAAUACUCGAACCAAGCCGCGGCCAUCCUUACCUUGACGCUUGCACUCUCGCUGCCGACAGAAAAGGCCAAGUCUAUGGCACUGUUGCUUCUCCAACUCGGCGCCACCUGCUCCCAAGCCGAUUCUGACGGGUGUACCGCCUUCCAUCGUUAUGUCGAGAAAGGCAGCGUUGACAUGGUUGGAACACUCAUUGAGAGCGACCCCAGAGGCACUCAGGCAGCCAUCAACCACUUGUUCUUUGGAGGCCAUACGUGGAAUCCCGAUGUUGUCUUGCCGCUUCAGACUGCUCUCGAUAGAGGUGACCCAAUUCUUGUCCUCAAGCUUUUGAAUGCUGGAGCCUCAACCGAGAUCGACUUUGAUGCCUGGCUCAAAUCGGCCAAGGUGACUCCCACACAGGCCAACCACCUCGCAAACCCCGACAUGACCAAGCAGAGGUAUAGGCAGUCGGUGGAGCAGCCUUUGAUCACGGCGAUCCGGUCAGGCGACGUUGAGUCAGUUAUUCAUCUCCUGGAACACGGGGCAAACCCCAACGCGCUCACCCGCGAAACGGAGAACGCAAUGUUGAACGAGUCGCAGCGCAACUAUACCAUCGGAGUCACGGCCUUGGACAUGGUUCAGCGUCUCAUCAAAAAGUUGCGCGAGUACGAUGGAGAAAAGCCGAGAACAAUGUAUACAAAGCCUGAGAAACUGCCGGAUUUCGAACCCUAUUUGAAGGAUCUGGAGCCCGGCACUUAUCAACACUGCGUAGCUUCCUACAGGAUCAAGGAGGCUCGAGAACGAUACCAGCGCGAUAGCGAUAACUACGAGAAAGAGUUGCGGAAAGUGACUAACCCCAAAGGCGUUGUCGAAAAAGCAAACGCAAUCAAGGAGAAGAUUGAGGAGCUCGUCAAGCUGGAAGGUAUCCUUGUUGCCAAAGGCGGGCUGAUUUUCACUGAGCUUCAUCCGGAUAUCAAGAUGACUGGCCGGACCAACGACUACUACAACAGCUAUAUGCCACAUUACCACUACAACAAAGAUGAGCCCAAGAUCCUAUUCCAUGGGGAUGAGUUCAUGACUGAAGCGAGGAGAGAGGGAUAUCUGCGAUUGAUGGAAGCAGCCUGGACUGGGGACGUGGAAACGAUCAAGUCCCUAACUCUUCGAGCUUGGGGUCCCAACAACGAGCAACCCCCGUGCAAGAUGGCCAUCUACGACAACAGUCAAAACUCUCCCUUUUCGGUUGCUUUCCUUCGUGGCCACCACAACGCAGCCAAGGCUAUCUUGGAGAUUAUCAGGGCCCAGUGGUCAGCGCCUGAAAAGGAAAAGGUCCGAUACAAGAUGCAGUCACGAGAUGACGGUGACGAGAGUGAAGACAAUGACGACGACGGCGAUGAGUCGGAGUCAGAUAACGAGCUUCGCAUUGUCUCGGAGGCGAUCGACAAGGCCUUUACCAUCGAUGACGUUGGGCAGAUCUCAAUGCAGGUCAAGUCUCAUGUCAGGCCCAUGGAUGUGAUUACAGGCAUUGCGCAUCGUGUCAUCAUGAAGGAUGACGCACCGCCUGAACUCGGUGGCAUAGCCAGUCUCUUGCGGCAAGCCAUCGAGGCAGAGGACACAACUAGCCUGAAAAUGCUUCUGGGAUUGAUGAAAGAGUACGAAGGUUUGGAGUUGACCGGUGAUGAAGAGGACACCAGCAAGAGAUUCAACAUGGACUCGAGCGACUUCCUAUUCGCAGUCCAAAGCGGGAACACGGAAGCGCUCAGUCUCCUCAUCAAGCGAACUGGCGCAGGAAUCCCCCUGGAUCACCUCGUCAAGAAGAGCGGCGCUGAGCUGAAGCAGAAACCCCGCUACUACCAAGGUCUGACGGUUUAUGGAAAGAAGAGGAAGGACUGGGCAACGGCCGGCCGUAACAUGGUCGUCAGAACCACCGGGGUCCAAACGCCACCUCUUCUUCACGCAGCACUCGGUGGCCGCCUUGAAGCAGUCGAGUUCUUCUUGGGCGACAAGCCUCAUCGUCUGUACGCCGAGUUUGCAAAGUCCAAGACCGCUCUUGAGGAUCCUCGGCUCAAGCAUCUCAUUCAGAGCCCAAUCGGCUUUGAUCGCGUCAUAUCCAAAUGGCUGGGUGCAGACAACGACUUCGUGCUGCACACGGCCAUCUUGGCAUCGCCCUCCGAGAACUCAGUCAAAUUGGUCGAGUACUUGAUCGAAUCCUACCCCGACUCGAUUGAGAGAAAGACUUCCGAUGGCGACACGCCACUGAUGUUGGCUUGUCGUCUUGGUUACGUCCAGUUUGCCAAGAUGCUCAUCGACGCAAAUGCCAACCAGUGCACUCGCAACCACCAGGGAGAAAACAUCUUGCAUGCGGCCGUAGCUGGAAACCCAAUGGCCCGCAGUCUUCGCCGCCUGCUGGAUAUACUCGAUCCCAGUCUCCGAAAUCAUCUGUUUACGGAGCGCAAAAGUCUGCAGGCAAACGGCCUGACGCCGCUACACGCCUGGAUCUCGCAAGUUUCCGGCGUGAGCCAGCAUGACAACUCCGCCUACUAUGGCAGGCGUACGAGGCGCUGGCGACAUCAUCACCACCCUGCACCGGUGCCCUAUACCCGGACUGUGAACAUUGUGGACAUGCUGAAGCUGAUGCUGGAGUAUUCCAAGGGCGAGGAGCUGGACAUGCUCAACGGCGCGGGCGACACUUGCCUGCACACGGCCGUCAUGCAGAAGAUGGUUGCCAUCGUCAAGGUUCUCGUCGACUUCAAGCCGCAGCUGUUGCACAGAGAAAACGCCGUCGGCCGCACCCCUGCCGAGGUGGCUCAGGACAAUGUAACAGCCGACCAAUUUGCGCAGCAGAACAAGGUCCACAGCCCGAGAGUCGACAAGCUCGACGCCUGGCCCACCAAGGCCGUCACCGACUUCGUGACGUGCUCAACCGUCAAGGGUCUCAGCCGCGAACAGCUCCACGAAAAGGUGGUUGAGCUCGGCCUCAGCGGCGAGUACAAGCGCCGCCAGGUGGCCGCCAUCAUCGGCGCCGUCGGCCUGGCGCAGAGCAAGGAGUCGCUCACCCCGGUGACCUGCAACAAGGUCAUCUGGGAUCUCUGCAAGACCGCCAUGGACAAGAACCCCGGGAAGCGCCGCCUCGUCAGCCUCAACGAGGCCAACGACGUCGCGAAGAGGCUCGGCGAGAAGCAUGCGGCCUCGCGCUACUUUUCCGUCCAGGGCCGAGCAGAGGACGAUGACGAGGAGGAGGGAGACGAGGCCGAGGGGGAUGAAAAGGACAACACGAGGGACUUUGCUGCCAACCAGCUUGCGACGAAGCUCGGCCACGCUUGGAGCAUCAACAGCUAUGUAGCUGAGCAGUAUGGCAUUGAGAAAUGCGAUGCGUGCGGGUCGUAUCAUGACGGAAUGUGCAAUCUCAACUUCCCAUGA